AUGGCGAGCGAGGUCACUCCGCCUCUGAUCGUGCCGGCCACGCGUGCUCUGGCCAGCUCGAGCACGCCCCCACAUGCCAUCGACACCCGCCCUUCCACAUCCAGCGCUAUCGCACUACGCGCACUUCAGGCAAGCAUCGUCGUGGACAUCACCGUCAAUCUCGUCUAUGGAACUCGCACACGACUAUGGACCAUCUGGUCCUUGGCCCUCGCAAGGAUCAUCACCGUCGUCGUCCUCAUCGUCCUGCAUACGCGCGCUCUGAGCGCCGGAGCAUCGCACACUCCGUCGCAGGUGCACACACCUCGUCGAAGCCACCACCACCAUCAUUCAUCACGCCACCGUAUCCAUUGGAUAGGCAUCCACGUCCUCGUCGCCCUCCUCGCUUGUCUGUGGUACCUCAACGAACUUGUACAACGCCAAAUACUGUUUCCCACUCGGCACGUCGCCUUGGACCUCUCCGCUCUGGUCAAACAAUUCGUGCACGACCCAAGAGCGUGCUACCCGACUCUAUCCCUCGCGUUCGCUUUGAUCGAAUACGUCGCGUUCAUUUUCGUGAAUCGACCACAGCUUGCUUUGUCUUCAACACCACGAACAAGAAGAGCUCCCUUCGGAUCCGUGAAUGCCGAAGCGCUCAACCGUCCCCGACUACGAACUGACUCGUCCCAUCAACCUGACUCCGAACUUUUCGCGGACGACCACGCCGACUCCGACGUGGAAACUUACGCCACAGAAACAGAUACCGAUCCCGAUACGGAAACAGAAACGGACACCGAAGCCGAAGCGGACGAGAAUGAAAUCAUCGACGUACCCAAACGAGGCAGUGCAGGCGGCACAACAGGAGCCUCUUUGCGUAGUCGAGCCAGUCGAGCAAGUUUCUUCGCCUCUGCAGCAGCGGAAAAUGGGUCAUUCCCUAGAGCGACCGAGGACGAUGUUGGAGUUGAUGUCGCGGUGAGAAAUCGUAGUGUCUCGACGAGCUCACAAGGAUUCAGGUUGUCGCAGAAUUACGGGGCGCUGUCGCAGUCCAACCGGUCGUUUGGUGAGUUUGCUCGGUUGGACGGCGGCUUCUACUAG